CCAAUCGGCGAGCCCGUGCCAUCGCGGUGAGCGAAAGGGCGACGUUGCCGUUUCGCGCACCGCCCCAUUGGCCCCCGUGUCCGUGAAUAUGUGCGCUCGUGCUCUCUCUCCUCCGCUGGCUCCAGUUUUUAGCCCCCGUUAGACGAUUUUGUUGGUGUUUCGUUGUGCUGUUUCCACGGCGUGGAUAGACGAUUAAACACGGGACUCGCGCGGUGGGCGUCACACGCGUACACGUGCCGGUGAAUCCAUUCAACGAGACGGGUAUGCGAAGCUCUUCCCCGUCACACAGUAGCGUAUCUUCUGCACGCUCCGAGCUCCGCGCACUCGACGACGCGUCGGCGGCGGCGACGGCGACGGCGGCGGUGGUGGUCCGUUGAAACGGAGCGCGUCCUACGUCCGAAUCGCUCGGGCUCGAGUCGCACGCGAUAACGUUCCGCGAACCGCGAGACGCGCGAGUGACGCGAGUGUGAAGCACGGAUUGUGUCAGGAGUGUGUAGCGUCGCUGGGACAUAGUGCGCGAACACCGAGCGACGCGCGUCGCGUGGCGUGGCACGUGCGAAUGUGUAUGUGCGCGCGCGCGCGGGACUCACCGCAGUUAAACGCGGUAUGCACCGUAUGCAGAAGUGAGGACGAGCGGGAUAACCGCGUCGGUGGUGAAGUCCCGUGAAUGAUGACGCUGCGAUUGCUCGCACCGUUGACCGUUCUCGCGCGCGACGAUACGUAGGUGGAACUGCUCCGCGUUGUCUGCUCGUGCCGGGGCCGGGGUCGCGUCGGCUCUCUGUGAACGCGUCACGUUUCGGCCAGGGGAGUGCAUGGGACGCAUAUUUUGCUUUGCAGUGCUCGCGGUUCGCAUAACCAACGGAAGGUAUCGGGUAUCGGACUAGUACGACACGAAGGCGUCGGCGUUGAUAUAGCGGUGGAUGAUGAUCAUGAUGCGCGAUAUUUGCCCCUGGCGUCAGCCUGUCGUCUAGCAUUGACAGGGAGCUCCGUUUCCGGGACGAUUCUUCUAGCUUCGGAGAGAGAUUGCCAAUCUAGUUAUACUUGUUGCAUUAUGAAUUCCUAGCACACUGGAUUUAUAAAAUGGCAUUAAAUUUAUUCCAUAUCUAAAAAAGAGAUGUUAUAAAUUGUGCGUAGUAUAAAACAAAAUCAUUCAUCAUGAAACGAAGUAUAGAUGGAAGGAAUCUUUCGCAAGACGAAAUCGAAGAGCACGAUCCUUUGCAAUCUCAGCAGCAGCAGCAGCAAGAUGAAGCGGAUCAGCAACAGUUAGAGCAACAGCAGCAAACUGCUCAACCGCAGAUUCGUUUUCUGAGCGCCAACGUAUUGCAGCAAUUGCAGCAACAGCAAGAUGCUCAGCAAGCUCAGCAGCAGCAGCAGCAACCGCAAGUUAUUACUCUGCAAAACUUUGUGCCUUUACAAGCUCAACAGCCGCAACAUGAUCAACAGAGAGCGCAAACGAUCUCUGUCCAAUCGCUACCUCAUCAAUUCCUGCAAGGUGCUCAGAUUAUCAGCAGUGCUCAAGCACAAGCUCUUCAACAAGCUCAGCAACAACAGCAGCAGCAGCAGCAGAGCCAGCAGCAGUCGCAACAGCAGCAGCAAGCUCAGCAACAACAAACACAGCAACAGCAGCAGCAACUGAGCUACAGUGUAAUCCCACAAAUGCAGACUGUUAAUAUAGACGGUCAGGAAGCUCUGUUCAUUCCAUCCUCCGCAAUGUCGGCUGCAAGUGGCCAUCACCAGACACAGCCGACAAUGCAAUUUGCUACUGCAAAUGGUCAACAAAUGCAACUUGCCGGACAGCAGGUUCAACUAGCGAAUGGUCAAACUAUUAUUACGCCACAGCCAGUUAGUCUCAUAAGAGCACCGAAUGUCUUUCCCACUUCGAUUAUACAAAAUAUUACGGGACAAACGGUUCAAUUGCCAACAGGUCAAAGUGUACAAGUAAGACCGCUUCAAUUUCCUAUGCAACAUGUUCAGCAAACGGUACCUGUACAAUUACCAGUCACUGCCAAUAACGGGCAAACUGUUUAUCAAACUGUACAUCUUCCUGUCCAAUCCUUGUCCAACGUUUUCAAUAUGCCCACGACGCAAAUGAUACCCCAAAUUAUGCAACAAAUACCUCAAGUGACACAGAUAAUUACGCCGACCGGUCAACUUCAGCAAGUGCAAAUUGCUAAUUUACCACAGUUGCAAAAUCUUCAGAGUCAGCAAGUAACGCAAGUUGCCCAUCAACAAGCGCAACAACAAGUCGUACAACAACAAACUCAACAGCAAGUGGUGCAAUCUGUGCAACAGCAACAACAAGUCGCCCAGGCUCAAGUUCAACAACAGCAACAAGUGCAACAAGUGGUACAGCAGGUGAUACAACAGCAACCACCAUCGUCCCAACAGCAGCAGCAGCAACAGUCGCAACAGCAGCAGCUGCAACAAUCCUCCACUCCAUCGUCGACAGUAGCGACUUGGAGCACGACAGUUGCAUCCCCUAGCAAUGUUCAAGUACUUGGUAUAGGUGCAUUGGGAAGAAACAUAACGGGAAAUGCUAACGUUAUUACCACAAAGGAUGGCCAGAAAAUUGACGUGCAAACGUUAUCUACUUUAACAAGGCCGCCCGAAACGGUAGAAGGUGACAUCAAAGUAACUAAUAUCGAUGCCAGUCAAUUAACUAGUGGACAAGUAAUACAUAUCCCUGCUACACAAUCGGCUCAACCUACAGUGCAACCGAUUACGAUUACAGGAGCACAAGGGCAACAGUUAACGCUUAUACCUGCGUCAGCAUUAGCAAAUUUAACCGCGCAGCAAGGUAAUAUGAUGAGGAACGUGAGCAACGGAAGUAUAAUGCAAAUUCAGCCAGCCACCGGGAUGAACACGACUAACGGUUUCUUGCAAUCAAUACCCGUACAAAAUAUCCCAGGCUUAGGCAAUGUGCAAGUAAUAUCAGCGAGCGCAUUGCAGCCGGCUACGGUCCAAACGUUGCCCGCAGCCGCGGCCGCACCCAUCGUCGCGACUACUCCGACCGUGCAACUCGACUCGAAUGAUUCUACCAAAUGGCAGAUUCUCCAAACUCUUCAGACACAUGGAACUUUGACGACGUCUGCUACGCCCGUGUCCCAUCAACAGCAAAUAUCGAACACUACCAGUACCGUCUCUAAUAACGACACUAACGAUCCUAAUAAGACGCACCGUAGAAGGGUCGCGUGUACAUGUCCCAAUUGCGGCGACGGAGACAGAAAUAGAGAUAUAACCAGGAAACGACAGCACGUAUGUCACAUUGCUGGAUGUAAUAAGGUAUAUGGGAAAACGAGCCAUUUACGUGCCCAUUUGCGCUGGCACACUGGCGAACGACCUUUUAUUUGCACUUGGAUAUUUUGCGGUAAAAAGUUUACCAGAUCGGACGAGCUUCAAAGACAUCGUAGAACUCACACCGGCGAAAAGCGUUUCCAGUGUCCGGAAUGUACAAAGAAAUUUAUGCGAUCGGAUCACCUGACGAAACACAUCAAAACACAUACGAAGAUACGAAGCACGGAAGCUGCCACCUCGACGCAGGAAGGCUCAUCUGACAGCCAAUCUUCCACCGAGCAAAAAAUCAUUAUAGCUCUACGCAAGGAAACGGACCAGUCUGAUAUCGUCAUAACAGAGCCGAUCGAUUCCAUGAAAAGUGAAUCGUCAAAUCAUGUAACAAACGAAUAAAAGUUCUAAGUAAUAAAAUCGGACAGCGAUUAGCUAAUUAGUAUCAAUAUCAUAACAUAAAUUUUAUGAAGAUUAUGACGAAUAAUUAUUCAGUAUUAAUUUCUAAAAGAAAGUUAUUCGGAGACGACACUUAAUUUGUGAACGAGCGAAUUAUAUCCUAGCGCAUUCUACAUUGUAAAAAUUAAAAAAAAGAUAAUAUUGUUAUGUGCAUAACAUAGUAUGUAAGUGCGGUAAGUUGUAGUAUGAGCAUAUACAAAUAAUUGAAAUUAAUUCUACAUUGGUCGAGCGAAUUGUCGAUCUGUCUGUUCUAUAUAAAAAUAGUAUGGUGGUAAGUAUAUGGCAACAGUUCAUACAUACAAUCUAUUUUUUUAUUGCGAUUACGUGUGUAUAUAUUAUACGUAUGUAUAUAAUGUAAAUCAAUGUAUACAAUUUUUCACGAGAAAGUUUUACACUUGUAAACCAUCUUUUGAUAUUAUAAGGAGUCAAGAGAUCUUUAGCUCUUCUUUUAAUUUAUCCAGUUAUUUUAAACCGGACAGCUUCAUAAUAUAUCACACGCGAGCUAUACAUACAUGUUUUAUCUUAGGGGACUUUCAUCUGAAUUUUGAAUCGACAUUCGUGUACAUACACAGAUCGCAAAAUCAACGUGGCCGCUUAGUGAAGUUGAUUAUCUUGCAAUAUAUAAUAAUACGGACAUUACAAAAGAAAAAGAAAUUUGAACAAUGCGGAGCAUUGAACGAUAUCUAGUUAGGUAUCUGGUUAGUGGUGAGACGUACGAAAUUUAAGAUAAAUGGGAAUAUCAUAAUCAUUAAAAAAACAUGAUUUAUAAACUUCUAAAUUUAUAUAAACAACAUUUUGUAAAUGGCUAUCACCCUAUUAUAUCUCAGGCUUCGUACCCUUCAUCACGAAGAAAUGAAUGCUUUAUUACUUUGCACUAUUAUUUUACAUUUUCAUUCAUUUUUAUUGGACUUGUUCAUCUUUACCAGCACAAAAACAGACUGCGGAUAUAUCGAAGUCUAGAAAUGGGAAUACAUUAUUAUAUAUAUAUUUUCGCAUAAUCGCGUUUGCUGUUUUCCCGAUAUGAAAUGCUAAUAAAAGUGUUGGAGAAAAACAACGCGUUUGUAUUUCA